AUCAAUCUGUUACCAAAAUUUACAUUUAAUUGAAGAUCGUUAUAAUAUUUCAUGAAAGUAAAAGAUGCGCGCAUUGUAGUUACGUCUUAAGGACAUAUCUAUUCUGUAAAGAGACUUCAUAUACUCGAGAGAAACGAUCUUUACCGGCCUUCAACUUCCUCUUCCCGUAGCUGGAUAUAAUGGCGUCUGGAACACUUUACACAUACCCGGAAAACUUUAGAGCUUACAAGGUGCUCAUUGCAGCUCAGUACUCUGGUGCUCAAAUCAAGAUUGCAGAUGAUUUCGUUUUUGGCGAGACAAAUAAAACCGAAGCAUUUUUAAAGAAAUUUCCACUGGGCAAGGUUCCAGCAUUUGAAACAUGUGAUGGGAAGUGUAUUACAGAAAGUAAUGCUAUUGCUUAUUAUGUGGCUAAUGAUCAAUUGAGAGGUAAAACUGACCUUGAACGUGCAGAAAUUAUUCAAUGGUUUGGAUUUGCAGAUUCAGAAAUUCUUCCAGCUAGUUGUGCAUGGGUAUUUCCAUUACUAGGAAUUAUGCCAUAUAAUAAACAGAAUGUAGAACAUGCUAAAGAUGAUGUGAAAAAAGCUUUGACUGCCCUUAAUUCUCAUCUACUCACAAGUACUUACCUAGUUGGAGAACGACUGACAUUAGCAGAUAUUAGUGUAGCUAUGACAUUACUUCAUUUAUAUCAGUACAUUUUGGAACCAAAUUUACGUAAACCAUAUCAGAAUGUAAAUCGAUGGUUCCAAACUGUUAUUUAUCAACCUGAAUCAAUGGCUGUAAUUGGUGCCUUUAAAUUGGCUGAGAAAACUCUUGAAUAUGACCCAAAGAAAUUUGCAGAAACUCAAGGAAAAUCUUCAAAGAAAGAAAAAAAGGAAAAAGAAUCUAAGAAAGAAUCAAAGGAAGCAAAGGAGUCUAAGAAAGAGACUUCUGAAGAUUUAGAUCCAGCAGAUGCAGUUUUGGCUGCUAAUACAAAUCCUUUUGAUACAUUACCUAAAGGCACUUUCGAUCUUGAUGAUUUUAAAAGAUUUUAUUCUAAUGAAGAGGAAGUAAAGUCUAUACCUUAUUUCUGGCAGAAGUUUGAUCCAGAACAUUACAGUAUUUGGCUUGGUGAAUAUAAAUAUAACAAUGAAUUAACAAAGGUUUUUAUGUCUUGCAAUCUUAUAAGUGGAAUGUAUCAACGAUUAGACAAAAUGCGAAAAGGCGCAUUUGCCAGUGCCUGUCUGUUUGGUACAGAUAAUGAUAGCAGCAUCAGUGGUAUUUGGAUUUGGCGCGGACAAGAGCUUGCUUUUACGUUGUGUCCAGACUGGCAAGUAGAUUAUGAAUCAUAUAGUUGGACUAAAUUAGAUCCAACUAAAGAAGAAACAAAACAAUUGGUUCAACAGUACUUCAGCUGGACCGGUACUGACAAGAAGGGGCGUGAAUUCAAUCAGGGAAAAAUUUUCAAGUAA